UCCGAGCCCCUCCGGAGCUGCGCGCCCGCCUGCAGCAUCUCGCCGCCCGCGCCCGGCUCCGCGGGCUUGCAGGUCACCCAAGUCCCGCAGAGCCAUCGGGCCCGGGACGACCUCGGGCUCCGGUGCCCUCGAGCUUCGCCCUCGGUUCGGAUCUCUCCGCCCUCCUCUCCGACCACCACCACCCCCCAACACACACACACUCUCUCUCUCUCUCUCUGUCUCUCUCUCUCUCUCGGGGGUCGCGCGUCCACCAUGCCGCAGGGCCCCGGCUCGCUGCUGCUGCUUCUGCUGGCCGCGCACUGCUGCCUGGGCUCGGCGCGCGGGCUCUUCCUCUUCGGCCAGCCCGACUUCUCCUACAAGCGCAGCAACUGCAAGCCCAUCCCCGCCAACCUGCAUCUGUGCCACGGCAUCGAGUACCAGAACAUGCGGCUGCCCAACCUGCUGGGCCACGAGACCAUGAAGGAAGUGCUGGAGCAGGCGGGUGCCUGGAUCCCUCUGGUCAUGAAGCAGUGUCACCCGGACACCAAGAAGUUCCUGUGCUCGCUCUUCGCCCCCGUCUGUCUCGACGACCUCGACGAGACCAUCCAGCCGUGCCACUCGCUCUGCGUGCAGGUGAAGGACCGCUGCGCCCCGGUCAUGUCCGCCUUCGGCUUCCCCUGGCCAGACAUGCUGGAAUGCGACCGAUUCCCUCAGGACAACGACCUCUGCAUCCCCCUCGCGAGCAGCGACCACCUCCUGCCGGCCACCGAGGAAGCUCCCAAGGUGUGUGAAGCCUGCAAAACUAAAAAUGAAGAUGACAACGACAUAAUGGAAACUCUCUGUAAAAAUGAUUUUGCACUGAAGAUCAAAGUGAAGGAGAUCACGUACAUCAACAGAGACACCAAGAUCAUCCUGGAGACCAAGAGCAAGACCAUUUACAAGCUGAACGGGGUGUCCGAAAGGGACCUGAAGAAGUCAGUCCUGUGGCUGAAAGACAGCCUGCAGUGCACCUGUGAAGAGAUGAAUGACAUCAAUGCCCCCUACCUGGUCAUGGGACAGAAGCAGGGCGGGGAGCUGGUGAUCACGUCGGUGAAGCGGUGGCAGAAGGGCCAGAGGGAGUUCAAGCGCAUCUCCCGCAGCAUCCGCAAGCUGCAGUGCUAACCGGCCGGCCCGGGCCAGAGCGCCGCUGACCACUUCCGCCCCCCGCCUCAGCUCCGGACACCCCGGCCCGACCAGACAGCAGUGUCACUAUGCCCUCGUCACACAGGCACCCCCUCUCCUUUGCAUGUUUGCAUCCUCAACAUACCCUGAAUUAUACGGCCCCCGGGAGGCCUCAGGAAUGGGCUAGCUGUUUAUACGUAUAGAAAAAGAAAAAAGAAAAAAGAAAAAAAAAAAAGAAAUCCCACCCAAAUCUUGUAGGAAUAUUCAAAGUAAUAAAAUCAUGAAUAUUUUUUACGAAGUUUUUAAAAUAGCUCGUUUUAAGGUUAGCUUUGAAUAGACAAUGUCGUGACUUGAAUCACGUUUUCCCCAUCUGGCCAGUCGGCUUAUUUUUACUGAUGACUGAGGUUCUGGUGACACGCAGGCUACUUCAUUUUCCUCUGUGGUCAAACUCAUGGGUCACACACCGGGGUUGAGAUAAAGCUGGCUGUUAUCUCAACACCAUGAAUUCACUUGUCAUUUCACAUCCUCAUUAGGAACUUAGACGGUUGCAGUAUCACAUUCCAGCUGCAAAACUUCCAUUUAUUAACAAAAAUAAGAAGCACGUUAACCAUUCCUCAUAGCAUGACUCCUUCAAAUAAAGGGCAAAGUAAAUAAAUUUUAUAAAUUGACUUGAGUAUGUUAAGUCUUGUUUAAAACAUUUUUUUUUUUUUACUCAACUUUUGCAAAUUAAACCAUUGUAGCUUACCUGUAAUAUACAUAGUAGUUUACCCGGAAAAGUUGUAAAAAUAUUGCUUUAACCCAACACUGUAAAUAUCUCAGAUAAACAUUAUAUUCUUUGUAUAUAAACUUUACAUCUUGUUUUA